AUGGGAGGUAGGGAUUGUAAGGUUUGGGGCGCCUCUAAAAAUGGUCAUUUCAUCGUUAAAAGUGCUUACCAUAUCGCGUUAUCCAUUCUUCUAAAGACGUCCAUCCAUCUUCCAGAGGCUGGGAGUAGCUUUGAAGCAGGGAAAGAAAACAUGUGGAGUCAAGGGGCGUCGGAGGUUGGUUUUUGUCCAGUUUAUGAAUCUGCGGCAGAAACUGUGGAUCAUGUAUUAUGCAAUUGCCCAUUUGUUAUUUUAGUUUGGAAGUUAUGUCCCCUUCGAUUGGAUUUUAGUGCUCAACAGCCGUCUCUUUGGCCAAAGCGGUGGGAAGAGCUUUGUGAGGGAUGGGCAAUGUUUGAAACUCCGAAGGAAUGCAUGAGUCUGGAAUUUCGGGACAUAUCCCGUCAGACUCUUUUGCUCUCCCUUCCUCCGCCGUUGGUUCUCCUACCUUUAGUGGGCUGGGUGCCUCCGCCAGCUGGUUUUUUGAAGCUCAACUUUGACGUCGCUUUUAAUCACUCUACUCUUGCUUGUGACGGCGGUGUUAUUCUUCAUAAUUCCUUUGGGCAGCCAAUUAAGGUUGCAUCAAUGUUUUUGUUGGAUGUUUGUGGCCCGUCCAUGGCUGAAAGUUUGAUUUUGCGCGAACCCUUACUUCUUCUCAAACGAUGGCGUUUUUCAAAGGUUGUUAUUGAAGGGGAUUGUUUGUCUGUGAUGAAGCUUAAUGUUUCUGAGGAUGCUCAGUAG